AAUGAGAGAAAAAUACAAGAAAAUGAUAAGAAAAGACAGUGGGAAAGUAAAUAAAGAAUUAAAAAAAUGUUAAAAAAAGAAAAGAGGAGAAAAAAAUGAAAAUAAUUUAAAUGCAAGUCCUCGUGGACAGGGGAAGAAAUAAAUGAACACAAAAUCAAGUACUUUUUUUUGUUUUUUCCAUUCGAAGAACGUAUUUGACCAUGCACUGCCACCAAUCAGGAUCUGCGAUCUGUCUCCCGUCUUCUCUCCGGUUUCGUGUCGGUGAUACACCCACCACUCUGUCUCUCUCUUCUCAUUCUUGAUUUCAUUUCCCUAUUUUGCCGUUACUGCUCUUAUAAUCAUAAUCAGCGGUUUCAGCGUUUGAUUUUUUUUUUUUUCACUUCUCUCGAUUUCUCUGCUUUUGUUGUAAUGGAUCAACGCGAUUUUAGCUAUCCAUGUCUCGGAAUUUGGGCAUUCAAGUCGUUUUCCAGUUCAUAUUCAUUAGUAAUGGCCGCAGAUGCCUCAGUUAACGCUUAUUUGCCUCUUUUGUUUGUCAACGAUCUACUAAAUUCUUCCUCAGAAUAUCCGCAAUCAACUCAAACGCACAAAGGGGUUGCAAAUGUCUUCUGCCAAAGUCGACUCCACAAAGCAAUUAGCCACGAGCAGUCUUGUAUUGGGUUACGCUGUCUGUUCAAGUUUCCUUGCUGUGAUUAAUAAGUUUGCUAUCACCACAUUCAACUAUCCAGGUCUUUUAACUGCAUUACAGUAUUUGACCUCUGCGUUGGCCGUCUGGUUUUUUGGCAAAUUAGGAUUUUUGCGUCAUGAUCCCUUCACAUAUGAAACUGCCAAGAAGUUCUUACCGGCUGCAAUUGUUUUCUACCUUGCAAUCUUUACAAAUACCAACCUUUUGCGCCAUGCCAAUGUGGAAACUUUCAUAGUGUUCAGAUCCUUGACGCCCCUUUUGGUUGCUAUUGCUGAUAGUGUAUUUAGAAAACAACCCAUCCCAUCGAAGCUUACUUCCUUGUCGUUGUUUGUCAUUUUGGGUGGUGCUGUUGGGUAUGUAGCCACCGAUUCUGCUUUUACUUUGACAGCCUAUUCUUGGGCAUUUGCUUAUUUAGUCACCAUCACUUUGGAGAUGGUUUACAUCAAACACAUUGUGACAAAUGUUGGAUUGAACACAUGGGAUCUUGUGUUGUACAACAAUUCGUUGUCAUUGAUGAUGGCUCCGCUGUUCUGGAUUCUCACAGGCGAGUAUAGUGAGGUGUUUGCUUCUUUGAGAUCAAAGGCUGGGAAUUGGAUCCAAUUGGAUGCAAUUUGUGCAGUUUCAUUGUCCUGUGUUUUUGGUUUGGCUAUUAGUUUCUUUGGAUUUGCAGCAAGAAAGGCAAUAUCUGCAACAGCAUUCACUGUGACUGGUGUGGUGAAUAAGUUUCUUACAGUUGUGAUCAAUGUGCUCAUUUGGGAUAAGCAUGCUAGUCCAUUUGGUUUGCUUUGCCUGCUCUUCACUCUUGCUGGCGGUGUCCUCUAUCAGCAGUCAGUUAGUAGACCUGCAGCUGCGCCUGUUCCUAAGCCGACAAACAGUGAGAAUGAUGGCGAUGAAGAAAGGCAACUUGUCAAACAAAAUAGUGGUGACGAGGAGAAAUAAGGGAGAAGCAUAUCUAAAUAAUUAUAAGUAUAGGGUGUGGGAUUGUGGAUUUUAGAGAAGACGAGACGAGCAUAAUGGAGGCUUCCAGAGAAGCGCAAAAGCCCACAAUUUUACUGGCUUCAAAGGGUUAGGCCAUUCUGAGCAUUUGGGCGUGGAUAUCCUUGAGCUGGAACAUGUUGGAGCAUUUUUCCAGGGAAACAAGACAUGGUUGCGGUUGAUUUGGGCUGCUGGUGUUGUUCUGGUUGGUGGCUUUAAUACCGGAGGUUCAGUUUGUGGGAUUCCUAAGAAAGAUGUUGUCCGAGUAUACGGGUGGUCUAUUUUGGUGGUGGAGAGAGCGCGGAGCAGCCAUUGCUUCUCCGCUUAUUUGUUAGUUUCAGAGAGCUAAAAAUAUCUAGAGCUAGAAUUUUAUGAUUUUCUGCAUUUCCCAGGCUGAGCUAAACGCAGUGGGGACCGUUCACUUGCAGGCCGCGAAUAAAUCAGCCCAUCAGGCACAAAUUUGUUGGGCCAGUUCCCAUCAACUCUUGUGGAAUUGAUCCAGGACAGAGAAAUGGCUGCCCAAAAACCAGCCUAUCUUGUACUUGCAGUUGAAGGGAUGUGGAUAAGCUGGAGCACAGUAUUUUGAACUUCUACAGAUGGAUUCACCUCUACCAAAAUCACCCAUUUUUGGUUCGACUCAUUUAUUCCCCCCUUUUUUAAACUCUUCUAUUUUCCCGUUGUUUACCGAUGAUGGGAUCCAACACAUUUUCCACAAAGACUAGAGAGAAACAGUGUUAAAAAAAAAAGAAGUUCAAAUCCCAUUUUACUUCCCAGGUCAUAUCCUCUAGUGGUUGAUAGGUAAUUUGACUCUUCACAUAAGCACAAAGGACAGCCGCAAACGAAGCUGAGCUCUCACA